CAACGGAACAGAGCGUGCGCAGAAGACUCUUGAAAGCAUUACCUGCGGUACAGUUAGCCAAGGCCUUCGCUUGCGCUGUGGGCGGGGGAGAGCCCGCUCAUCCAGCGGAGGAAACAACGGUCGCCUGUAGACUUUUCCCACUCUAGGAAGGAGAACUCUACCUCUGGGAGGUCCAGCCUCUAGGAGGCCAGGACGGCGCGUGAAAUUUUGGCGGGAAGGAUUUUCAGUUGCUCUUGCUGGGGCGCAAAAGCCCUGAGGGAGCGGAGACUCCCCUUCUCUCCCACCUCCGGGAAACCGGGAAAGGGGCGGGGGAAGUGGGUGGGGAGGGUCCGCCGUGACCGAAGGCGGAGACCUCGGAGGGAGUUUCCCCCGUAGGGGCUGAGCUGAACCGAAUGGAGGCUCGGGGGUCUCCCCUUCAGGCGGGGAGCGGCGGCUCGAGCGGCCUCCGCGAGGGUCCCCGCAGCCCCGAGGCUGAGCGCUGGCGCUUCCGCAGCUGCGGCUCCCGGGAGGCCGAGGGUCCCCGGGCGCUUUGCAGCCGCCUGCACGGGCUGUGCCGGGAGUGGCUGCGGCCCGAGCGGAGCAGCAAAGCCGAGAUGCUGGACCUGGUGGUGCUGGAGCAGCUGCUGGCCCUGCUGCCCCCGGAGCUGGCGGGCUGGCUGAGGGAGUGCGGGGCGGAGAGCUGCGCCCAGGCGGUGGCCCUGGCCGAAGGCUGCCUCCUCGGCCCCGCAGCCGCCCCGGAAAAGCUGGCCAAGGGCCGGCAGAUGCAGGAGCUGUUCACAGGAGAGAUCUCAGCAGAGCUCCAGGAAAGAGGAAAUCGAUGUAAUCCUUUUCAAGGGCUGCCUUUUAGGAGGUCCCAACUUGGGCCAUUUCAGCAGGGCUCUGAUCCCUUUGAGGAGGUCACUGUGGACUUCACAGAAGAGGAGUGGGCACUGCUGGAUUCUGGCCAGAGAGCCUUGUGUGCAGAAGUCACAUUGGAGGCUUUUAGGAAUAUUAUUGCCCUAGCAGGUGAUACAAUGGAGAAGGAGAAGCAGGAGUGGUUAAUGUCGCUGCCAGGAGAAGUGACAUUUGACCAUCAAGCAAAUCCAAAAAGACAAGAGAGAAGCCACUCAGAAGGUGGACUUGAAAAGUCCUCCACAUCUCAUCAUUUCUUUUCUCUUACUUUACCUAAGAACCUUUAUAGCAAACACAAACCACAAAGUAUUGUAAACUUGGGGGAGGAUUCCAGUUUGAGUAGAGAAACUAAAAUAUGCACAAAAUGUGGAAAAAGCUUUGGUAGUAAUGCUAGCCUUAAUGGCCAUCAAAGGAUCCACAUAACUGAGAAACCAUAUAGUUGCGAGGAAUGUGGAAAGGGCUUUGCUUUAAUAGGAAAACUUAAUUCUCAUAAAAGGAUGCACACAGAAGAGAAACUAUAUAAAUGCACAGAGUGUGGAAAGAGCUUCUGUAGCAAUGCUAGCCUUAAUGGCCAUCAAAGGAUCCACAUAACUGAGAAAUCAUAUAGCUGUGUGGAAUGUGGAAAGGACUUUGCUUUAAUAGGAAAACUUAAUGCUCAUGAAAGGAUUCACACAGGAGAGAAACCAUAUAAAUGUACAGAGUGUGGAAAGAGCUUCCAUUUCAGGCCUAGUCUUACCCGUCAUGAGAGGAUCCACAGAAGGGAGAAAAAAUAUAGGUGCAACAAGUGUGGAAAGAGAUUCUUUGAGAACAGAGCCCUUAUCAUCCAUCAAAGGAUCCACACAGGGGAGAGACCGUAUAAAUGCCUGGAGUGUGGAAAGAGGUUUUUUGACAACAAAGUUCUUACUCGUCAUCAAAGGAUCCACACAGGGGAUAAACCCUAUCAGUGCCUGGUGUGUGGAAAGAGCUUUAGUCAGAUAGGACAUCUCAAUUCUCACAAAAGAGUCCACACAGGGGAGAGGCCCUACAAAUGUAUGCAGUGUGCAAAGAGCUUCCGUUCCAAAAGUUCUCUUAAUCGCCAUGAGAGGAUCCACACAGGGGAGAAAAAGUAUAGCUGCAGAAUUUGUGCAAGGAGAUUCUUUGAGAAACGAACCCUUGCUAUCCAUGAAAGGAUCCACACAGGGGAGAAACCAUAUCAAUGCCCAGAGUGUGGAAAGAGCUUUAUUGAGAAAGGAAAACUUAAUUUUCAUACAAAAGUCCACACAGGGGAGCUGUAUAACUGCAUUGAGUAUGAAAAGCAGAAAGAAAAUCUUACUCAUGAAAGAAUCCACAAAGGAGAGAAACCAUAUAAAUGCACAGAAUGUGGAAAGAGCUUCUUUAGUAAGACUGGUCUUAAUGGCCAUCAAAGGGUCCACAUAGCUGAGAAGCCAUAUAGUUGUAUGGAAUGUGGAAAAGACUUUGCUUUAAUGGGAAAACUUAAUUCUCAUGAAAGAAUUCACACAGGGGAGAAACCAUAUAAAUGCACAAUAUGUGGAAAAAGCUUCCAUUUUAGGGGUAGUCUUAAUCGUCAUGACAGGAUCCACAGAGGAGAGAAAAAACUUAGUUGCCAGGAAUGUGGAAAGAGAUACUUUGAGAAGGCAGCCCUUACUAUCCAUCAAAGGAUCCACACAGGAGAGAGACCAUAUCAAUGCCCAGAGUGUGGAAAGAGCUUUUUUGACAACAAAGUUCUUACUCGUCACCAAAGGAUCCACACAGGGGAGAGACCAUAUCAAUGCCCAGAGUGUGGAAAGAGCUUUACUCAGAAAGCACAUCUUAAUUCCCAUAAAAUAACUCACACAGGGGAGAGGCCCUAUACAUGCACAGAAUGUGGAAAGAACUUCAGUUUCAAAAGUUCUCUUAAUCGCCAUGAGAGGAUCCACACAGGAGAAAAAGCAUACCCGAAGGGAGUGUGGAAAGAGAUUGAGAACAGAGCCCUUACUAUCCAUCAAAGGAUCCACAUGGCAUAAACUGGCAUAAAUGCCUGGAGUGUGGAAAUAGGUUUAGUCAGAAAGGCCAACUUAUUUCUCAUAAAAGAAUCCAUGUUAUGGAGAGACCAUAUACAGCUAGUCCUCAACUUACAACUGUUCAUUUAAUGACCAUUCAAAGUUACACUGAAAAAAUGAAAUAAAAGGGACACACUUAUGACAAAUUGCAAAAUCUCCAUGAUCAUAUGAUCAAAAUUCAGACGCAUGGCAACUGUUUCAUAUUUGACUGUUGUUGUGUCCCAAGGUCAUGUGUUCACCUUUUGCAACCUUCUGACAAAGUCAAUGGGGAAGCCAGAUUCAGUUAACCACCAGCUUACUAACUUGCUAACUGUAUUGAUUCACUUAACGGUGGCAAGAAAGGUAAAAUAGGGCAAAACUCACUUAACAAAUAUCUCAUUUAACAGAUUUUGGACUCCAUUGUCAUAAGUCGAGUAUCUUCAUUUAUGAUUCUUGCGGCAUCCAGGGUCAUGUGAUUUCCAUUUGGAAAUUUACAACAAGCACAGUCAAUGUGGGAAGGUAGUUUCACUUAACAACCAUACUUGAGAACUACAGUGAUUUGAUGAACGAUUGUGGCAUAAAAGGUUGCAAACUGCAUCACGAGUGACUUAAUUGCCUUACUUAGCAAUGGAAAUGGGCUCAAUUGUGGGUGUAGGUUGAGAACUACCUGUAUUACUAUCCUUACUUUGAAAUAUCAAAAAACCUGAUUUCAUUAAUUGAUCUUCUUGGUGGAGGGUAGUAUUUGUAUCCCAUGAGCAAAUUAGGUUCCUCCUGAAAUCUGAAGCCUUUAAAACUCAGUGUUUAGCCACUUAUAAACCACAGCUUCUAGCUACUCUAAAUGUGAUUUUGAACCAUAAUAAAGAAUUACCUUUUUUCUGUGCUCUGUAUGGAUUGGUGAGUAAAUCACAUUAUAGCUUUUGAUUUCAUUAUGGAGGAAUGUUCCAAUGCUCCACUCUAUUUUCUGAUUGCUCAAAAAUGCAAGUGGUGUUUCUUCUAAACUUCUUUUAAUCCAGAGAAUUACAAAGUAAUUGGAGAUGUUAAAAUGCAAACCUGCAUUGGGCAAAUAGCCAAACAGGACUGGCACACUCAUACUUUAAAGAAUGUUGCCUGGGCCUUGACAUAUAACACUGUAUGCAGCAGUUUAGCUAAUAAGAGUAUAUUGGAUUGGUGGCAUUCAUAGUUUUAAAUCUUUCCAAACUCCUGAUAAGGAAUUGUUACUAUUUCUUAGUUGCAGGCAACAGAGAUUCAUUUGGCCUCAGCUCUAGAAAUGAAAUAACCUAAUCCAAUGGUUUUAUUGAUAUAACUAAAAAACAAGGAGGGCAGGGGUUUUUUGGCAUGCAGUUACAUAGAGUAUAACAAUAAAUACAUCCAAAUUUUGGCUGCAUUUGUUGUAAAUCUAAGUUUUAAAGUCUUUGUUAAUGACACCCAAAGAGCCAUAAACUGCUUUGGAUGAAAUUUCAAAGUUAUAGUAAAAAAAUGAAAUAAAAUGAAAAAAGUGAUUUAGAUCAAUUUUCAUGCUUAAUGACCAUUGCAACAUCCCCAUGAUCACGUGAUCAAAAUUCAGGCACUUGGCAACUGGCAUGUAUUUAUGAUGGUUGCAGCAUCCAGGGUCAUGUGAUCUCCAUUUGUAAACUUCCACCAACCAGUUAAUGGCAAAGGCAGAUUCACUGAACAACCAUACAUAUGGUUGUUAACUGAACAACCAUACUUGAGAACCAUAGUGAUUUGGUGAAUGAUUGUUGCAUAAAAGGUUCCAAACUGGGGCAUUAAUUAGCUGUCUUACUUAGCAACAGAAAUUUGGGCUCAAUUGUGGAUGUCAGUUGAAAACUAUCUGUCCUUCCCUUUGAAAUACCAAGAGUUGACUCCAUUAACUGAUUUUGUUUGGGGGGGGGGGGUAUUUAUUCCUUAUGAGUAAUUUUUCUUUCUUUCCUGAAAUCUCACUAAUAAAGCAGAACUUCUAGCUACUCCAAAUGUGAUUUUGAACAGGAUAGAAUGGAUGUCUUUUUUCUGUGCUGUAUAUAUAUUGAUUGGUGAGUAAAACACAUUAUUGCAUUUGAUUUUGUUACUAUGCAGGAAUAUUCCUAUGUUCCAGUCUAUUUCUGAGGCUAUUAAUUGCCCAAAUAUAUAAGUGUUGUUUCUGCUGCACUUGUUUUAUUUCAGAGAAUUAUGAAGUAUUUGGAGAUGUUAAAAUGCAGACUUGCACAAGGCAAAUAGCCAAACAACAGCAGUCAUACUGUAACGAAUGUUGUCUGGGCCUUGAUAUAGUAGUAGUAGUAAGCUUUAUUGCGGUCAGAGACCAAAUUAAAAUAGACAAAGAAAGGGAGCAUAUUUUACAAAUAUGGAUAGAUCGUGGGACAGUACACCAUCUACUGCCUCAAAUACAAUCUGUACUGUCAAUGCUGGUGAUCCUCUGCCGUCGGGGUUACCUGUCCCUUUUCCUGUUUUUUUCCAGCCACGACUUUAGCAAAAUUUUUUGCCACCUUUAGAGUUAUAUUGGGGUCUGCAUCCUGGAGUAGGAAAUAAAGGCUGAACAUAUCAGGUGAACCAGGGAAUCUCUGUGAAAUAGGAGAAAUGAGUCUUGAUCUUAUAUCCCGGGCCUUGAUAUAUAGUUAGUCCUUGACCAGAAUUGAGCCCAAAAUUUCUGUUGCUAAGUGAGAAAUUUGUUAAUUGAGUUUUGCUCCAUUUUAUGACUUCCUGCCAAAUUUAUUAAGCAAAUCACUGCAACUGUUAAAUUAGUAGCACCAUUGUUAAGUGAAUCUGGCUUCCCCAUUGACUUGGCUUGUCAGAAAGUUGCAUGAUUCCAAUAUGCCACAACAGUCAUAUCUAUGAAAAUUGGUCAUAGUCAUUUUUUGCUGCUGUUUUAACUUCACAUGAUCACUAAGUGAACUGUUUUUAAGUCAAGGACUACCUGUAUAACACUGUAUGCAGCAGAUUAGCUCAUAGGUUGUAGUGGACAUGUGACAUUUAUACUUUGAAAUCUUUACUAAAGUCCUGAUAAGCAAUUCUUACUAUUUCUUGGCUGCAGACAACAGAGAUUCAUCUGGUCUCUGCACAAGAAAUUAAAUUACCAAAUUGAAUUGUCUUUUAGAUGUUAUUAUAAAACAUGGUAGCCUGCCACUCAAUGCUGCUCCUAUUCUUUAAAACCUCCACAGCAGACACAAAAUAUAACUACUUACAACUGCUGUGGAAAAUAUUUGAAGCUACUAUACCUUUUUUUUUUUUCCAGUUCUAUUUUCUUCCGGCACUUUUAGUUUUUUCUGUUGUUAUUUUUUCUUUUUGUUUUCUCUAUCCCAAUUUAUUAACAUAACUAGAAUUGGGCAGUUUUGGUAAGCAAAUUGCACCAUUUACUAUUCAGAACAUGGGAAAUGAAGAACUGGUGUUGCUUUCAUGCCCAAGAAAGUAUAUUAUCUCCCAUCUUUUGUUUACCUUCUCAGCUCAAAAGCUUCAGCGUUCUAUCAUAAUCCUUCCACCUACAAUGUUCCCCUGCCUAUUAGUGGGUUUAUGGUGAGGAUGCUUCCCUGGCUGAGGAUUGGUUAGACAAGCAGUUUUUGCUCUUUACUUUCCUUUGUGGUGCACCUCUUUGCUUCCUCGCUAAGGGUCAACACACAGUGAACUCAAGCACCCUAUCAUGACCAUCAUAAUUUAUGCCUCCCUUCCGGGAGGUUAACAAGGCUACCAGAUUGCAAUAAUAUGAGAUUUUCUCUGUGUUCUCUACUAUCUAGUGUCUAGUUUUUUUCGUUUCCUCCAAAGAUUUAGCUAAAACCUUUUUGUUUACUUUUUCUGAAGGGGGGGCAAAUAUUUUUUUGAACUCUGAAAUAAGCGCUUGGCCUUAUUGUCAUGCGCUCAAAUGCCCGAUUGGGCUUAUUAUCAGGGGAUGUCUUAUUUUGGGGGAAACAGGGUAUCUGAUCUGCCCCAUAAAGAAACCCCUUUGUGAGUAGUGCCAUGAGAAAUUACUCACCACUGAAGCUUCCUUAGGGAUGGCAGGGAAGAAAUUGCUUGAUGUUAAAAGUCUUGGCAUUUUAUUAAUAACACUUUUUUAAACCUGUAAUCCUCUUGGCAUUCCCUUCCAUGAGUCUUUUCUCCCCUUAUCUGAAUCCGUCAUUUUGUCUGGCACUACUAAGUCUGACAUUUCAACACAGCUGGAGGAGAAAUCCAGCACAAUGUAUUGUUAUGUUUUGUUUCAACUCUUCAGAAAUCAACCAGCCACAAACAAUCAAAGCGAAAAGGUGUAAAGGUAAAAAAAAUAGAUGUGGACAGGACAAGAAAGUAAAGCAGGUAAAGGUCAGCUCUAGAAAAAAGGUUACCUUAGUGAGUGUCAUCACAGGAAUCCUUCAGGCCAGGGGUGAAAUGCUCCCGGUUGGGAUCGGUAGCGAUGGCAGCGGGUGGUUCGGAGAACCGGUAGCAAAAAUCCCUGCGCCGUGCCCCCCCCCCCGCCCCCCAAUUUUUUCUACAACUUCUUUGGCAGAAAAAAUGCUUUUAAAAGUUAAAAAAAAAAGUCUCUGAUGCUUUCCCGGUUUCGGGGGGGCUCGAAGGGGGAGGCUCCUUUCCCUCAGAGAUUCUACGCCUCAGCAGAGCAGCUGCAAGCCGUUCCCUCCAAAAUUUCCCACGCCCUCCCAGAGCCUGGAUCAUGGUACUCCUUCCUAGAGGGAAAACACUGUAGAAGAAAUUCCUGGUGGCUGUGUCCUGUUUUGUAAAGCAGGAGUUUGCAGCCCCCAGGCUGCGGCCCACUGCCAGGCCGCAGCCCAUUUGGAACUGAGCCACAGAAGUGGGUGAGGGCGUGUGUGCACUUAUGAAGCUGCAUUUGUGAUAGUUGCAAACGCAAAACCAUCCCCUCUCCCCCCUGCCACCUCUGCCAGCCCACUGACCCAGAAAGAUUGGAGGACACUGUUGUAAAAAUGUAGAAUUUCCUCCCAAAGUCAGGUGAGCCUAGGGAUUUUCUUUUCCAAAUCCUACUUGCGGAAGUAUUCAAAACCACCAGCGCAGGGAUAGACCAGGGUACAGACAGAGACAUUCCCCAGAACGCGGAUUCAAGCGCAGGGACUCUCCCAACCCCAACAGCAGAAGAGAUCACAGAGGUAGGCCCCAGGAUAGUCACUCAGGCUCACUCUAUGGGCUUGGAGGAUGGGGGCACGACAACAAACAAAUAAAGAAAGAGAACAUUUGGCUGUUAGACUCAGGUGCAACCAACCACACCACCCACAAUGCCAACUUACUCUCCUCAUUCACAGAGGAAAGCUUCAUGAUUAAAGUAGCGAACCAAAACAAUGUCAGAGUGGCGGGGAAGGGAAACAUAAACAUACCAGAGAUUGGAGAAAUAGAGGGGAUCUUAUUUGUGCCAGAGAUCCCAUACAACAUACUGGCCGCCAUACGGCUAAGCAAGGACACAGACAUCGAAGUCAUUUUCAAGGCAGGAUAGGCACGCCUGGUCAAGAAUGGAAAGGACAUAGGAGAGGUUAUAAUUAGCGAUGGCCUGCCAUACUUCAAAGCAGGCAACAUUAAUCAUCUAAGCAUAAACACUAACUCAGGGGCAGAGCAGGAACAGACUUCUUCCGAAGAUGAUAGAGAGAACAAUGAUGAAGUAGAGGGGGACAGCCACCAAGAGGCAAGGGGCAGUGAACAUAACUACGAGCCCAUCGACGACAACAAACUCUCGUUAGGUAGACCCAUACAUGACAACUGUGCACACCUCCUACACAGGAAGCUAGGCCACAUUAGUUUUCCUGUUGUAGAAAAGAUGACAAAAUGUACUGAUGGUUUAAGAGUAAAGAAUUGUGAAAACUAUCUCGAGUGCUCAAUCUGUAAAUGUUCCAAACUAAAAACAAAACCGAGACCAAAGAAGUCAGUACGCACAACCGACUCUAUUUUUCAAUUAAUACAUAUGGACCUAGUGGGGCCUCUAAAACCUUCUAUCAAAUACAAAAAAAAAGAUUCUUCCUAACUAUCGUAGAUGACUACAGCCGCUACGGCUUCGUAUACACCAUCAACCAUAAGAAUGAGGUGUAUCAAAAAUUCAGGGAAUUUUACAAAAGAGUAGAGGUUCAACACAACACAAAAAUAAAACAAAUAAUGACUGACCAAGGUUCUGAGUUCCUAUCAAGGGACUUCUCAAGGUGGUUAAGGGAACAUGGGGUACUGCAUUAUACAUCCUCACCAUUCUCCGCCUUCCAGAAUGGAGUAGUAGAACGAAAAAACAGCACAUUACAAACUGAUGAGGUGCGCCUUGGAAGAUGCGGGACUAGGGCAAUCCUGGUCAGAAGCCCUUCUCUAUUGCAACUACACACUUAACAGGUUGUGGUCUAGCGUAAUAAACGCAACUCCCUAUGAGCUAAUGUAUAGGAGGAAACCCAACAUAGCCCACCUACACGUGUUUGGGGUCACAGCCGACGUACGUAUCCCCAAGUUAUUUUCGCAGAUGACACAACAGUGAUUAGUCUCAUUCGAGACAAUGAUGAAUCCGCAUACAGAUGGGAGGUUGAACAACUAGUCUCGUGGUGCGACUGGAACAAUCUGGAACUGAACACACUCAAAACCGUAGAAAUGGUGGUAGACUUUAGGAGAAACUUCCACCUCUCACAAUACUAGACAACACAGUAUCAACAGUAGAGACCUUCAAAUUUCUAGGUUCUACCAUAUCACAAGAUCUAAAAUGGACAGCUAACAUCAAAAACAUCAUCCAAAAAGAACAACAAAGAAUGUUCUUUCUGCGCCAACUCAGAAAGCUCAAACUGCCCAAGGAGCUGCUGAUACAGUUCUACAGAGGAAUUAUUGAGCCUGUCAUCUGCACCUCUAUAACUGGUUUGGUUCUGCAACCCAACAAGACAGACACAGACUUCAGAGGACAAUUAGAACUGCAGAAAAAACUGGCUACCAACCUGCCUUCCAUUGAGGACCUGUAUACUGCACGAAUCAAAAAGAGGGCUGUGAAAAUAUUUACAGACCUUUCACAUCCUGGAUAUAAACUGUUUCAACUCCUACCCUCAAAACGACGCUACAGAGCACUGCACACCAGAACAACUAGACACAAGAACAGUUUCUUCCCAAACACCAUCACUCUGCUAAACAAAUAAUUCCCUCAACACUGUCAAACUAUUUACUAAAUCUGCACUACUAUUAAUCAUUUCAUCGUUCCCACCACCCAUCUCCUUCCACUUAUGACUGUAUUACUGUAACUUUGUUGCUUGUAUCUUUACAAUUUAUAUUGAGAUUGUUUCCUGAUUGCUUAUUUGUACCCUAUGAUUAUCAUUAAGUGUUGUACCUUAGAAUUCUUGAUGAACAUAUCUUUUCUUUUAUGUACACUGAGAGCAUAUGUACCAAGACAAAUUCCUUGUGUGUCCAAUCACAGUUGGCCAAUAAAAUUCUAUGAUCUAUGAUUUACAAUUUA